CAGGACCCAGUUUCUACUUUGGUGUGUGAAGGCUAAGCACCUAAAAUGGAACCUCGGAGUCCUUGGUUCUUGGUGAUUCUCCUUAUCUUAGGCCUGUGCACCGUGGCUGGAGGGGAAAAACCAUCUGCAUGCCAGUGUUCAAGGUUAAACCCAGAGAACAGGAAGAACUGUGGCUUUCCAGGAAUUUCUAGUGAGCAAUGCUUCGCUUCUGGAUGUUGUUUUGAUACUCAGGUCCCCGGAGUUCCUUGGUGUUUCACCCCUCUGCCAAAGGAAGGAUCUGAAGAGUGUGUCAUGGAAGUAAAGGCAAGAGUAAAUUGUGGGUAUCCAGCAAUUCCUUCAGAGAUAUGCAAAAAACGUGGAUGCUGCUUUGAUGACCAGAUCCCUGGAGUACCCUGGUGCUUCUAUCCUCUUCCUGUAAACGGGAAAGGAGUUUCUGUACUUUCAUGGUCUCAUGCCUUUCUCAGUGUGGGUACUCCUGCCAUAAAUGCAGAUUGCAAUCCUUCUCAUCUUUUGUGA